UAUAUGAAGUUAUGAACCAUAGCUCUUCUUUAUCUUCAACACCAAAAAAUGGGUUCCCAACCUCACGUUGUAGAUGACCUCGGUGGCAUUCUCCAUAUCUUCAGCGACGGUUCUAUCUGGCGUCGCCCUUUCAAAGACAUAAACUUCGGCCCUAUUCGAUUCAUCGAUGACAGUUCCGUCAUCUUCAAAGACAUUACUUACGAUCAAAACCUCAACCUCUCCCUCCGUUUAUACAAACCAAGACUAACAAACCCUACUUCCUCAGCUGCUAAGCUCCCGGUGGUGCUCUACUUUCACGGCGGCGGUUUUUGCGUCGGCUCACGUGUCUGGCCCCACUACCGCAACGUAUGUGUCCGAUUGGCAGCCGAGCUCAAGGCCCUUGUGGUGUCACCGGACCACCGGCUUGCGCCGGAGCAUAAGCUCCCUGCUGCGCUGGACGAUGCGGCGUGUGUGGUGGAUUGGCUGCAAGGGGAGGCCUUGAUGAGUGAGAGUGGUGGUGACUGUGAUGCAUGGAUACGUGGUGGUGUCGUUGACUUUGAUAGGGUUUUUAUCGUGGGUGAUUCUUCCGGUGGCACCAUAGCUCAUCACCUGGCGGUUUCGCUAGGAGGCGGAUCAGUCAAGGCGGCGCCGCUUCGGGUACGGGGGUACGUGUUGGUGGCGCCAUUUUUUGGUGGAGUGGAGUGGACAAAAUCAGAGCAGGAGCCUCAUGAGCCACGGCUGACAUUGGAUGUAGUUGAAAGACUUUGGAGGCUUUCCCUGCCAGAAGGAGCAACCAGGGAUCAUCCGCUGGCAAACCCAUUUGGACCAAACAGUCCACGCCUUGAGACGGUGGAUCUUGAUCCCAUCUUGGUUAUUGUGGGUGGCGAUGAAAUGUUGAAAGAUAGAUCGGUGAUGUACUGGAGUAAACUAAAAGAAUUGGGAAAGAAAAUUGAAUAUGCGGAAUUUGAUGGAGAGCAACAUGGGUUUUUCUCAAUUAAUCCAUACUCAGAUGUUGCAAAUGAAGCAUUCCACGUUGUUAAGAGAUUUGUGAAUGAAAACUCCAACUAAGACAUUGAUCAAUCACGAUCAUCAUCUCUCAUUGUUUGGAAAACUUUGGAGUUCGUCAGUUAAAUAUUACCAUGCACCUAUAAAUUAUGGAGUGUACUACUGAAUUUCAUCAAACAGA